UCAAAGUGGUGCUACAACGGCUACGUCUCGUUGGCCACAUUUGUUUAAAAUUACAGUAGCUUUUGAAAGGAGCCGGGCGAACUGCGUUUGAAUUCGAAGUAUUCGAGAUUUCAACGACUUCUCUGGUCGCUUGCUGGAGUCGUUGUAGUUUCUAGGGGUUUUUGCGACUUGGAAUUUUUGAAUCUCGCUAGGGUUUACAGGAUUCAGCGAUGGAUCUUCCUCCUGAAAUCGACAAUUACAUCAAGGAAACAAUAGAUCAUUCAUUAGGUCUACCUGUGUCGGCGGAAACGCUGGAGUUGAAGCUUCGGGUCUCUGAGGAUGAUCAGAGGCGGCUUGAUCAAUAUUGCGAUGUUCUACAGUCCAAAAUCAAAGAAAAAGACCUGUUGAUUGAGCGUAGUAGGGCUGAAGCGACAAUGAACGCACAAGCUUUGAAGAAAUUUGUCGAGGAGAAUCGAAAACUGGCUACGGAGUGCCUUUUUCUUACAGGUCAAUGUGAAAAAUGGGAGAGAGAGUGCUCUUUAUAUGAUCACGACCGAGAUGCAUUGAUGGAGUUCGGGAACGAGGCGGAUCAGCGUGCAAGGGAGGCUGAGAAUCGUUUUCACGAAUUGCAGGAAGAGGUUAGACGGUUGUCAGAUGAACUGCUGUUCUUUAAGCAUGAAUACGAGAUGAAAAGGGUUGAUUCAUCUUCUGAUGGCAGAGAUUUGGAGGAUAACUUACUCGAGUUGGUUUUGCCUACAUGUAAUUGUAAUGAUAGAUCUACAGCUGCUCAUGCAUUUUUAGAAGCAAACAGUGAUCAAGAUUCAAGUCAGAAGCUUAUUAAAAUGUGGAAUUGCUUAAAGCCUUCAACUCAAAAGGCUCUAUCACUAGCUGCUUACGUGAAGGCCGUCGAGAAGGAUUGUGAACAUCUGAGGGAAAAUCUUCAAAAAGCAGAAGAAGAGGUGAAGUUGUUGUAUGAAGAUAAUAUGCUUCUUGACGAGGAGAACAAGAGGCUGCUGAAACGGCACCAGGAAGAUAUAAUUCAACAUUCAGGCGACAAGCAGCAGGCCAACAGUGGGUCUGCCGCCAAGUCAAACAAGCGAAAAUCAUGUCGAAAAAUGAGCAGUCCAAUUGAAGGGAAGAAUAUCAUAAAUGAAGUCGACUCGAUACGACAACCUCUUUCACCUUUACAACAUAACUCUCCGAGCUCGAGAAUGCGAAAGAAGUAGUUGCAACCCAAGAACAGGUCACCCUUUCCCCUUUUCCUUGUGACAUUUUGCUGCCACACUACUAAAGCAUAUGACUGACCUAACAUAAUAGCAGCUAGCUAGAAGUACGAUAACAUGUCCUUUGCUAGUUAGGAACAAUUCAGCCGAGUUCUUGAUUUGAAAUGAUAUCAAAGAAAAACUCUAUAGUUUCGUGCCAAUGUGUCUGUAUUCUUGAUCAUACUUUAGACUUUAGAUAAACUGUGUUGUACGUAUUUUGAAACUAAUCUUAAUGCCUAUGAUUUCAUUU